AUGUUAACAGAGAAGAUGUGGGUUUCAUUGGAGGGGUCUUCGGUUGCUAAUGGUGGUGGUUGCGAUGUAGGUGAAAGGAAAACAAGUAUGGAGGAAGAUUGAUUUAAUGCUUUACAAUUAGGCGCCAGUGAUAUCGAUAGAAAUAAAACAAACAGACUCGAUCAGAGCAUGGCGACUGCAGCACCUUUCUCUGGUCCAAUCAGAAAUUCCAGAUGGUCACUAGCCGGAAUGACUGCUGUCGUCACCGGUGGUACACUUGGGAUCGGCUACGCUGUGGUGGAGGAACUGGCGGAGUUAGGAGCACAAGUGCACACCUGCUCACGUACUGAGUCUGUACUUAACCAACGCUUACAAGAAUGGUCCGACAAGGGCUUUAAGGUAACUGGAUCCGUCUGCGACUUAUCUUCUCGUCCCCAACGGGAACAGUUUGUGGAAAAAGUUACAUCACUUUUCGGUGGCAAGCUCAACAUCCUAAUCAACAAUGUUGGAACAAAUAUAUUUAAAACUACGUUAGAGUUUACCCCAGAAGAGUAUUCCAUGAUCAUGGCUACCAAUUUGGAAUCUUGUUACCAUAUGUGUCAACUUACACAUCCUCUUUUAAAAGCUUCUGGAGCUGGAAACAUUGUGUUCAUUUCUUCUGUUAUGGGUCUGGUUCAUACACCUUUCGGAUCCAUUUACAGUGCCACCAAAGGUGCAAUGAAUCAGCUUGCAAAGAAUUUAGCAUGCGAAUGGGCUAAAGAUAACAUUCGGUCUAAUAGUGUAGCACCAUGGGCCACUAAAACCCCACUCGUCCAACAUAUUAUUGAAAAAGAGGAGUUUUUGGAAGUUAUGGCAUCUAGAACUCCUCUGAAACGUGUUGCAGAACCAAAUGAAGUUUCAUCUCUUGUAGCGUUCCUUUGUAUGCCUGCUGCUUCUUACAUCACUGGCCAAACCAUUGCUGUUGAUGGAGGAUUUACGGUCAAUGGAUUCCCGGUAUUGGAUCUGAUUGUGGAUCCUGAUGGGGAGAAGACUGACGGUGGUGCUUGGUUUUCGUUGGAGUCAUGGAGCCAUUGGGCGGCGUGGUGGUUUUCUUUGGCGUUAUGGAGGUAA